AUGCCGAAUCGCCUUGCAGACCCGACCAAGGCAAGCUCGGCCAUCGCGCAGAAACUCUUGCAAGGAUGGACUCUGCUGGGUGAAACUUGUCCUGUCGAAGGGUGCCUCGUGCCCCUCAUGCUCGACCCCAAGACAGCAGUGAAGCAUUGCGUCAACUCUGAAGUUUGCGGAUAUUGCGAUGAGCAGUUUGGCCCCCCCCUCUCCUUCCAGCAGCGCAAGGAGUUGGAAGAUAAGUUGGAAGAUGGGAAGUUGAACGAGUCCGAACUUGGAAAGUCUUUGAAGUUUUCCAACGAGGAGAACGGAAGGCUUUCCCCUCCCAAGGCUUCAGACCAUGCUCGAUCGCCAUCAUCCAGAUCGCCAACGAGAGGAGCGAUUCUCUUUCGCUCUACCAACUCAUCGAGCAAGAGUGCUCUCGAUGAAAGCACCGUGUUGGUCGCAGCGAAGCGUGCGAUCCUCAGCAAGAUGUUCUCGUGCUCAGAGGCGCUGAUCAGCUGCGGCGAUGUCAACGAGUCGAAGGCCUUGAUGUCUCUUCUCACCGAGUCUCUGCAGGCGCUGCAGGUUGCCAACUCUCUCAGUGUCUCUUCCUCGUCCAACGAAGAGAAGAGAUGA